AUGGUUGCCUCUGCUGUCCGGAUGCGCACCCCCAGCGCCAUGUUUCUCUCCAAAGGCGCCCUUUCCCUGAGGCGGCCGCAGACCGUUCACAGAUUCAAGGAUCUUGCUCAAUCUCAAUUGCCCUCCCUAUCCGCCCUCUCCCGUUACUAUGCCUCCAAGUCCUUCCCCCCUCACACCAUCAUCAGCAUGCCCGCUCUGUCGCCGACCAUGAACGCCGGUAACAUUGGUGUCUGGCAGAAGAAGGCUGGUGAUGCUCUCCAGCCUGGUGAUGUUUUGGUGGAGAUUGAGACCGACAAGGCCCAGAUGGACUUUGAGUUCCAAGAAGAGGGUGUCUUGGCCAAGGUUCUGUCGGAGACUGGCGAGAAGGACGUUGCUGUUGGCACUCCCAUCGCUGUUCUGGUCGAGGAGGGUACCGACGUCUCGGCUUUCGAGAGCUUCUCCCUGGAGGAUGCUGGUAGCGAGAAGCCCGCUGCUGGUGCUGCGGAGAGCAAGUCCGAGUCUAAGGAAGAGGCUGCCCCCGCUUCUUCCACCCCUGAGCCUCAGCCCGCUGCCAUCGAGCCUGAGACCUCGGGCGAGAAGCUCCAGCCCGCUCUGGACCGUGAGGCUAACAUCAGCCCCGCUGCUAAGGCCCUUGCUCUUGAGAAGGGUGUGCCCCUCAAGGCUCUGAAGGGCACUGGCCGUGGUGGCCAGAUCACCAAGGAGGAUGUUGAGAAGUACCAGCCUUCCGUUGCCGCCAUCGCCGGUGCCACCUAUGAGGAUAUCCCCCUUACCUCCAUGCGCAAGACCAUUGCUUCUCGCCUUCAGCAGUCGAUGCGCGAGAACCCCCACUACUUCGUCUCCACCACUCUGUCCGUGACUAAGCUUCUCAAGCUUCGUCAGGCUCUCAACGCCUCCGCUGAUGGCAAGUACAAGCUUUCCGUCAACGACUUCCUCGUCAAGGCCUGCGCUGCUGCCCUCCUGAAGGUCCCCGCUGUCAACUCCAGCUGGCGUGAGGAGAACGGCCAGGUUGUCAUCCGCCAGCACAACACCGCCGACAUCAGCGUUGCCGUCGCCACCCCCAACGGCCUCAUCACCCCCGUUGUCAAGAACGUUCAGGGUCUUGGCCUCUCCAGCAUCUCCAACCAGAUCAAGGAUCUCGGCAAGCGUGCUCGUGACAACAAGCUCAAGCCCGAGGAGUACCAGGGUGGUACUUUCACCAUCAGCAACAUGGGCAUGAACGCUGCCAUCGAGAGAUUCACCGCCGUCAUCAACCCCCCUCAGGCCGGUAUCCUGGCUGUUGGCACCACCCGCAAGGUUGCCGUCCCCGUCGAGACCGCUGAGGGUACCGCUGUUGAGUGGGAUGACCAGAUUGUCGUCACUGGUAGCUUCGACCACAAGGUUGUCGAUGGUGCCGUUGGUGCUGAGUGGAUUAAGGAGUUGAAGAAGGUUGUUGAGAACCCCCUUGAGCUUCUUUUUCGCGCUCCCGAUAUCAAUCGGGUGUACCGGGAUGAAUCCGAGAGCACCGCCUCCCUGAUCGACGUCGACUCCCCCCAUGUGCAAUCCGUGGACGCCGAUUUCCUCAACCAGGAGGUCAAGACCACGACGCAGGCCGAGCGGAUAGAGCGCGAAGAGCAGGAGGCCAUCGCCGAGCGCGAACGGAUCGAGAAGGCGAAGGCGAAGGCCAAGGCUGAGGCCAAGGCCAAGGCCAACCGCGUGCGCCGCAACAAGAGCAACCCGGUCUACCUCGGAAACGCGGUCAUCCUGGCCCUAACCGGCGCUGGUCUUGGCUUUGGUGCAUACAAGAAACACGCGCAGGGUAAACUGUCGUGGCAGCUCGUCGGAUUGUGGUCCGGGAUCGUCGGCGCUGUCGGUGCCGUCGACUACUUUGUCAGCAAAUGUCAAAUUGCGGCCUCGCUGGCAUCACUAUCGCGCACCAUCGAUGACUACUCUGCACUGUCGAAGAAAGAGUUGAUUCCGGAGAAGCAAGAGAAAGCCUUCGAGCGAGUGAAGAACUUCCGCACCGAGCUUGCCGACUAUCGGCUACACUUUGAGCGACUGCGCAAACAACGAGAAGAUGCACAAUCAGUAACGAACCGCAACGAGCUCCUCGGCCGACGCCCACACAAUACCGCCACCCCCGAAAACCCCUACGCGCAAUCCUCCCUUCCCAACCCAUCCCCGUUCGGCAAUCCGUCCUCGGCCCGAUCGGGCCUGGGAUUCGGCGGCGGCGCGGCCGACUACACCCGCGAGACCCAUGCGCUGCGCGAGCAGAGCUUCCUCGCCAACACCGGCACCCAGCUGGAUGAAUUCCUCGAUCGGGGUCGCGCUGUGCUGGCGGAUCUGGGCCAACAGCGCGAGGUGCUCAAGGGCACCCAGCGUCGACUGUACAGUGUUGCGAACACGUUGGGGGUCAGUGGGGAGACGAUUCGCAAGGUGGAGCGGCGGGCGAAGCAGGACAAGUGGAUUUUCUGGGUCGGGGUGCUCAUCUUCUUCCUCUUCUGCUGGGCGGUACUACAUUUUCUGCGGUAG